AUGGAGGUGAUCAGCGGUUGGUACCAUCUCCUGAGAGAAGAUGUAGGACGAACCAAGCACCUCAAGGUCAACACAACAGAGGACAAGAAAGAGGAGCACCCAACUAACAGUUGGACCAGACCAAACUUGAACACCCGGAAGAGGAAGAGAGAAGAUGACCCACUAGAAGAGACAGAGAAGGCGGGAUUGAUUGAAGGAGGAGCGAAAGCAGGAAAGAAGGAGAGACAGAGACGGUGGCUAAAGACAGACGGACUGCACCAGGAGAAGAAGAAGCAGAGAAGCGAAGGAGACGGAAUCCUUGAGGAGCUGCGGCACAAGGAGAUAGACACCGUCCAUGGAGAUCGGGAGAUUGUAGAGUCUCUCGUUGAUGGGUACCAGGUCCUUGACUUUGCGGACAAGGUACCAACUUGGGGUGCUGAUGCGAAAAGGAUAAAUUCUGGGAGUAGCGGGUCACAGGAAGCGAGAUUGGACAACCUCAAGGAUACAGGAACUUGGGGUGGAGGAGAGAAGAGGUCUGCUGCUCAGGGAGAACCAACAACAAAAGGACAAAGCUCCAGUGAUUCAGAGACAGGCUGCAUGGAUCGACCGGACUCGCUACUUUCUUGGAUAAGUCUUCACUAUGUUGUGCUCAGCAAGGAUGAGAAUGGCAAAUAUGGUUUCACGCUGCUCGAUACUCUUCCGGUUCAGGUCGGGAGUGUGGAAACAGGGAGCCAAGCAGAAGCAUCAGGUCUGAUGAAAGGAGACUACUUUCUUGAGAUUGGAGGUUAUAAUGUAGCUGGGAUUAACAGCAGAGGAAUCAAGAAUGUUCUUAAGCAAACAAAUAACGAAAUUGAAGCCUUGGUGCAGCGUCAUUCUGACCCGACCACCAGACCGGCUAUUCCACCGCGCCCAUCCAAGCCCCGACGCAAGCUCCGAGAUGGGGAGAAGGAGGAGGAGAUGAAGCGCAACAUCCGCAACAAGAGAUUGAAGAGUGUCAAGGUCUCUGCAGCGAAAGCUACGGCCAUGAUGCAGAAGAGAGGGAUGAUGCUAUCAAUGCCUGCAGGAUCUUCCAUGACCGUGCCGUCCAUCGGUCUAGUCCAGAAGCGAUUGAAGCGGGAACUCAUUGCAACGGUCGCCAGGAGACGAGACCGGAUGGUGGUGUUGAGUGAGGAAGAUCAGCUCUUGAUGGAGGCCGUUUUUCUUGGGAAUGGCAAGAAAGAAGAGGAUACCUCUCUUGGAGAGAGGAACGGCCCUGAAGGGAGGUGGUCAAGUAGUACCGAGUGCGUUACUACAGAGAGUAGAGAUGAUGAUGUCUUUAUGCCACCAGAGGGGGCCUCAUCUUAUUCGUCCUCUAAAGAAUCUAUGGUCAGCUCGAUGCGAGAUUCUUUCAGUGAGUCCUUGAGGGAUUCUGCAAGGAUUUCCAUCAGGGAUUCAAUCCCUGAGGGAGUUGGCAUCACCAUACCAAGUCCACAACGCGAUGCAGCAAGGGACUCUCUGAGGAUUUCCUCAUUAAGGAACUCGUUCCAGGAAGCAACCAGAGAAUUCUUGAAGAACCCUCCCCAGGAUAGUCCGAGAGGAUCUGCAAGGAAUUCUCUGCAGGAUGCAGUGAGCCUACCGUCCAGGAGUAGUUCUGAAGGAAGUAAAGAAUCUGACGAUUCAUCUAAGAAAUCAACCACUCUGUAUGAAAACGCUUGGAUUAUGAUGCCAAGAAAGAGUUCCAAGGACGAAAGCAGCAUUUACGAAAAAGCCAACUGCUUCUGUCCAACUUGUCCUCCUGUUCCUCCAAGAUCGCCAAUCAGGAAACUGUCUGAAGAUUUCACCCAUCAGAUCAUUGUGCAGCCUAAGCUGCCCAAAAGAUGGAGUCCUGAUGGGGAGGCAGCACUGAGUGUUAAUGUCCAAGAUGGUGGAAAUAGUCUACAGCAGAUGCCACAGAGUGAACGGAAACUGGCCAGGUCCAGUAUGUCUCUGAGUGAACUUGAUGGAAGCUUGAGCAGCUCCUUGAAAUCCUCUCUGUCGGAAAGGCACCUUACAAGACAACAAGCUGUUACAGGAAGACGUAAAAUGAGCCUGCCUCACCUGCCGACAUCCAACUCCUAUGACCAGCAAUUUUCAGCAUCGACCAUGGCCAUAGGAGAGAUGGAUAUGAAAGAAAAUGGAAGUCCACUGAAAUCAUCACAAUCUGAUAGAAACCUAGCUAAACCUCCUGUAGUAGCUCGACGGAAAACAAGUUUACCUCAUAUAAUGAAAGCAAGCUCUUAUGACAACCAGUUUGGAUCAUCCACAAUGACCAUAGGGGAAAUUGACGAGAGUGCUACAAAGAAGGAUUCAUUUUCUGAAAGGCAACAUGUAAGGUCUCCUCCAGUAGCACAACGUAAAUCCAGUUUACCCCAGCUAUUCAAGUCAAGCUCUUACGAUUUGCAGCUCGGUUCAUCUGCCAUGUCUAUUGGUGAACUAGAAGGACAAUCUCCUGUGAAGCCGAAGCCCCGUGUCGCAGAGCGACGACUAGCCAAAGUGGCACCAAUCAAACGGGAGACAUUCAGGAGUAAGUCUGAAGAUGUUCUCGAUGGCAACACCUUCCGUGAGCCUCAAGUGACAUCAUCAGACGGUCUCUACGCCAAUCAACACCUCAUGAAGAAAGGGAAGAGCCAGUCGUUUGCUGCCCUGUCACGAUCACUCCGCCGCGAGAAGGCCAAGGCGAAACCUCCCGUGCCUCCGAAACACUAUGUGAAUGAAAGGAUCGGAGGCCGUCCUGGGGAGAGCGUUAAGGGUGCAAGUACUCGUAGCUUCCAGAAGGAUGAUCAUGGAGAUGAAGAUGAUGAAGAUGGGACCACCAAGAUGAGAUGCUCUUUUGCCCAAUUUGGAAGGAUGGAAGAGGUGCUGUUUGCAAAAGGAAUAGAGCCCUUUCCCCUAGGUCCACCUGAUCGAGAUCUGGUCCAUGCUGGCAGAUUAUUUUAUUUCAACAGACGUAAAAAGUUCAGAGAGGUCCUUGUGCUGCUAUUCAAUGAUGCCCUUGUAAUGGCACGAUCCCAGCAUCAAGAUGGCCGCCUACGGGUGAUCUAUCCACAACUCCUCAUCCUUGACAUCAGCCUCUUUGACUUCAACUGUGAGAAUGCUCGUGAGUUUCACAUUACUCCUGUGCUCUCAUCUGGUGGUCAUGAUGCGGCCUGCCACAAGGGGUCCAUCGUGUUCCGUGCUCCUUCGGUCAAGCUGAAGAGGUCCUGGCAGAGAGUCUUGACCCAGCAGGCCAUGGCGGUCAAGUACACCAGCCUUGGAAAGGUAGGAGAAUUUUGA